CGGAGGCCGCAGCGCGCUGCAGAUGAAGCAUGGCAGGAGACAGCGACACAAAGCCAGGUGACAAAGCUGAACAUGAGAGUAUUCAUCGGCAGCCUUUCCUCAUUGGUGUGGCUGGAGGGACAGCCAGCGGCAAGUCGUCGGUAUGCAGCAAGAUCAUGGAGCUGCUGGGCCAGAACGAGAUCGACCACCACCAGCGGCAGGUAGCCAUCCUCAGCCAAGACAGCUUCUACAGGGUCCUCACCCCAGAGCAGAAGGCCAAGGCACUCAAGGGCCAGUUUAACUUCGAUCACCCAGAUGCCUUUGACAAUGACCUCAUAAUUGCGACUUUGUGGGACAUCAAGGAGGGAAAAACCGUACACAUCCCUGUUUAUGACUUUGUUUCCCAUUCCAGGAAGGAAGAGACGGUGAUGGUGUACCCCGCUGAUGUGGUGCUGUUUGAGGGAAUCCUGACGUUUUAUUCUCAGGAGAUCCGAGACCUUUUCCAAAUGAAGCUGUUCGUGGACACCGACGCAGAUACACGUCUAUCUCGAAGAGUGCUGCGUGAUAUAACUGAACGUGGACGGGACUUGGAAAGCGUUCUGGCACAGUACAUUACUUUUGUAAAGCCUGCGUUUGAGGAGUUCUGUCUGCCCACAAAGAAAUAUGCUGAUGUGAUCAUACCGAGAGGAGUUGACAAUCUCGUUGCCAUAAAUCUUAUAGUUCAGCACAUCCAGGAUAUUCUAAACGGCGGUUUAACCAAACGGCUGAACGGGUGGCUAAAUGGAUAUGGAACGACAAAGAAGCAGCCCAACAUGGAGUCCAGCAGUCGGCCCCACUGAGUGCAGCGCUCCCCGAAGAGAGGAAUGAGGGCUCACCGGGCCAAAUGUACGCUACGUUAUGGCUUAAAAGGCAAGACUAAUUUCCAGGGACACAAAAGUUGUCUUUUGAUAUGAUUCAGUUUGGACUGAAAAAAAUUAUCUGAGGGAAAAUAUCCCUUUGUUGAGUUUAAAGGCAUAUUCAGUUGUAUAUUUCUCUUCGGUUUGUGUACUGUAUGAGAUAAGGGAUGGGGAGAGAAUCAAAGGGGCUAACUAGCGAUUUAAUUCGAUAUUGCUGCUUGCCUUUACCACAGCACUGUUGAAACAGAAGCAGUUAUGGUGUCUAAAUAAGAUUUCAGAACACUUGAUAGCCUUUAACAUACAAUAAAUGCAAUCAAGCGACAUGCUGUUUAGAGUCACGGCCUUACCUCGUCUCACUACCGUUAAAAGGUGCACCGUGUGACCUGACUACUUCCCUUUAUCAAUGCAACUUGUCUGGUUUUUUUUUUUAUUUGACUUGUGCAAAAAGAUUUUGAAUUUUUUUUACUAAUUGUUUGGGUCUUGUUGCUUUGUCUCAUCUUUAUCUAACAAACUGAAUUAGUUAUUGGUCAAUGUAAACAACCGAUUCCCACCUCAAACCAUCUGAUGUAUGAAAUCACCAAAGAUCAUUUUCCGUACUGUCUUUGUGGACAAAUUGAUUUUUAUUUCAAUGUGAUACUGACGUUACUGUAACUCAUUUAAUAAGAUGUUAUUAAAUUACCACAAGGUAUUCAUUUUUCUUUUGAUUCCCAUAAACUUAAAUCUUCAGAUGCGUUUGUAUGCAAGUUUCAUUUGAAAGACACUCUGAAAAUGGUGUUUCUUAAUGCACUGAGAUGUUUAAAUGUGCCUAAGUACAAGAUGCCCAAUGUGCACUGUGAGUGUUGUUUCAUGAUAAAGUUCUCAGGUACUCUUUGUUUGCUUGAGUUGACAUGUCAUUUGCAUCUGAUUUAAAAAAUAUACAUUUCUUAAGACAAUGUGCUGUUUUCCUCUUGGCUACAUAUUAAAAGGUAAAUACCACAUGCUUG